AUGGUGGUGGCCGCCACGCGACGUGGUGGAAAACUUGUUCUUCUCCAUUAUAGGAGAGGAUGCCGCGACGGUGGUCAGAUCAAAUGGUUUAACUCUCUUGUGCACGUCGCGACGUUCCACCUUUGGCAAGUUACCUAUAAGCGCCAAAUGCAGCUCUCAGAUUCGUCCCCUUGUGAACUUCUUUGGGAACAUGAGAUUGGCUUGUCCUUUCUUCCCUUUCUUCCUCUAAUAAGGAACUUCCCAUCACUGCCUAAUAAUCCUACACGUGACUCAUAUUUCGCCCAAAAUUCCCAGUUAAUUUCGUGUAAUCAAGCUCUAUCGGAAUUACCAAGAAUGGGCGACAGAAUCGUCGGCCUGGAAAUCAACUCACGACGCAAAUCCGUCUCGUCGGCAACUGGUUGUAGUUUUGGUGUGCACGCCAUGGAGACUGAGGCUAACAGAGGCGAUGGUAGAACUCUGGAUGUUGUGGCUCCCCCGUCGACAAACUGCUCCGAUUGA